CUGCGCAAAUUGCAACUGCGCGCCGACGCGGCUCGCCUAGCAAUGCGCCGCGUUGCGCCUCGGGCUUUGUUGUUAGUUUCGGGGCGCGCGCGCCCGGAGCGGGCCCGCCCUCUUGGUAGGGCGCCGGGAUGCGUCCGGAAUUGGCCGGGACGCCACUCACGGGACGGAAGCCGCCCGGGGGAAGACGCGGGCUUUAUCUGCCUACACGUUGACGAUGGGCUGGCCUUCGGUGACGCGGAGUUCUACAAGAAGGAGAUCCGGGGAAGCCGCCGCGCGGAUGGGGGCUACAGACGUGAAGCCGGGGGCGGUGAAAUACCUCGGAG